CGCAUUCAAUGUGUUUAUACACAACUUGAUUCGAGUCUACAAUAUUCUUUUAAAGUGCAAUUCACCAACUAUGCAACGAGAGAGGAACAUUUUUAUUUCAAAAUCAAAACAUUUAAGAAAAAAAAAAUGAUUUUAAUUACAUAUCAAAGGGAGCAAGGCUAAUGGUUUCUUGUAAUUCACAAGUCAAGCCUGUAAAUAUAAAUUCACCAGCAGUUCAAUAAUUUCCGUCAAAAAUAAAUGUAUCAAAUCAUGGAACCAACAAUACCAGAAUGGUUCCGGGACAGAAAUGUUUUGGUGACGGGAGCCACGGGAUUUAUGGGAAAAGUUUUAGUUGCCAAAUUACUUCUAACUUGUCCGGAAAUUGGGAAAAUUUUUAUCCUGAUACGAGAGAAAAAGGAUGUUAGUCCUCAGAACAGACUAAAACAUCUUUUACAACAAGAACCAUUUAGAAUACUGUCGGAGAAUCAUCCGGAGAGACUGAAAAAAAUUAUUGUUGUUAAUGGCGAUACAACAAUUGAAGGACUCGGUUUAUCACUUAAUGAUAAAAAUCUCUUAAUUCAAGAUGUCUCGGUAACUUUUCACAUGGCCGCAAAUGUCAGAUUUGAUCUUCCUUUGAAAACUGCUGUUAAUUUAAACACGAGAGGAACGGCUAAUGUUUUAAAAGUCGUAAAACAGUUCAAAAAAUUGUCUUCAUUCAUUCACGUAUCAACAGCCUAUUGCCAAUGUGGAGAAGAAAUUUUAGAAGAACGUGCCUACCCAACAUCAAUUUUACCGGAAAAAGUAUUCACUCUUAUCGAUACAAUGGACGACAAUAUUUUGGAAGCAUUGACUCCGAAAUUAUUAGGAGAUCAACCAAACACUUACGCCUUUAGUAAGUCUUUAAGCGAGGCUCUCGUGUCUAAAUCUGGCAUACCUACAGGAGUCGCUCGUCCCUCCAUCGUGACUGCCUCUUGGAAGGAACCAGCUCCAGGCUGGGUGGACAAUAUGAAUGGACCAACUGGUUUAAUGAUAGGAGCUGGCAAAGGCGUAAUUCGUUCGAUGCUCUGCAAUCCCGACUAUCUCACUGAUAUUAUGCCCUGUGAUUUGGUGGUUAAUGCGACAAUUACACUCGCGUGGAAAGUUGGCAUUGAACAACCAACUGAACCAAUUUUCAUGAAUAUCACUGAAAGCGGAAAAAAUCCAAUUUCCUGGAGGUUCGCUCUCGAUACCGGCAGAAAACACGCUCUUGAGAAUCCAUUCUCAGGGCCUUUGUGGUAUCCUGGAGGCGGAUUUACAACUUCAAAAAUCGUUCACUGGUUCUCUGUAUUAUUUCUCCAUAUAAUCCCGGCUUAUUUACUCGAUACUUUAUUAUAUGUCACUGGGAAUAAACCAUUUCUGGUAAAAGUACAAAAUCGAGUCACUACAGGUCUUGACCUACUACAAUAUUACACGACAAAGGAAUGGACUUUUAGGAACGACAUGAUGAAGAAUUUGGAGAACAGUUUAAGUUCAUCUGACAGAGAGACGUUUUUUAUGAACACCAAGGCUAUUUGUUGGAAUGAAUACAUAUUAGCUUACAUCCUGGGCACUAGAAAGUAUUGUUUAAAAGACGAUCCUUCAACUUUGCCUCGUGCACGACGUGUUUUUGCCUAUUUAUAUGUCGCAGACUUGUGCCUUAGGAUAUUUUUUGGAAUUUUAAUCGUCUGGUUCAUCUACUCCUGGAUGGUGCCAUUUAAAACUCUAAUGGAAGUCCGAGAAAUUUGAAUCUUUCAUUAUUAAUUUUAAUAUUUCUCACGUUAACUAUAAACAUAAACGGCGGUAAAUUCUUAUUUAGAAAAAAAAUCUUGAAUAUUUCUGUAAAAAUCCUUUUUUUUAAAUUCGCAUUUCGCGAAUAAAAACUAAAUCAGUAAAUUUAUUUUUUUGUCGAGUAUUCUUUUUUGCAAUUUUUCGAUCUAACGAUUUAUUUUUUCAAAACAAUUUACUUUACAAUAUAGUUAAAGUUGAAUAUACUGCAAAAAAAGUGAAUAAAAUUAAUAUCAAGCGUUUACGAAAUUGUGUUCAAGGUAUUUUUUUUUCUCCUUUUUCAGUUACUGCACACAUUAAAAAAAUGAAGUAAUACAUUUUAGAAAGUUCGUUAUUUUAUUUUUUAAAGAUAUUUUACUUAAUAAAAAUUUGACUGAUGUUAGGAAUAACGUGAAAGUGUAUAUAGAUGUUGGUGUAAGAAAAGAAGAGAGAAAAAAAAAAUUCAGAAGAAGUGUUACCAAGAAGUGAGAUUUCAACAUAAUUACGUUGUUCAAUGAUCACAAAUCAUUCGAGAAGCUAUAUGAUGAUGAGCCUUAAUUUACAUCAUUCCGAAUUCAAUGCAAUUUUACUUUGCCUCUUUUUUUCCCCUACUACUCUUAUGAAUAAUUAUUUGACGCAAGUGACACUUCUUCAUGGCGCAUGGAAAAUAAUUCGCAUUGCAGAAAAAAAAUACAAAACUCGGCUUCGGAAUAAUAAUGAAUGGAUAAUCAUAUUCCUGUAGUAACUAAAAAUUUGAAAUAUAAUGCGGUAAUUUUUAAUAGAAAAAAAUUACGAAACUCUGAGUUUAAUUAGGCGAAUACUUUGAUUUGUUUGGAAGAAAUUAGUAUGGAGAUAUUUUUCGAAAAAAUGUAAAGUAAAAAAGAAAAAAAGAGUAAAAAAGUAAUAAAAAGUAAAAGGGAGUAAAAAAAGUAAAAAAUGGAGUAAAAAAAAUAAAAAAAAAUAAAAGAAAAGUAAAAAAGUAAAGUAGGAGAAAAAAAUAAAAAUAAGAGAAAAGUAAAAAUAGGAAAAAAUAGUGUAUAAAAUAUUGCGAGGGGAAUGAAAGAGAAAAAUUGAUAGAUUACGAUGUAAGUUGCAGGCAUCCUGAAAUGUCGAAAUUUUAGUGACUAGCUUUAUCUAGUGUAUACACUCACUCGAUAGUAUCUAGCCAGUUUACUUACUUACACUCAUUCACUAUUACUCUUAUACUCUCACUCUUUGCUCGACUCGAGUGGUUUAAGUCGUAGCAGCGCACGAAAGUUUUCUUGCAUCAUCGAUAUAUAGAGGUCGAAAUGUUUCGCUCUAAGGAUAUAUAUAGUAAAAAUGUAAUUUACAAUGUCCUGUCAUGAGAAAUGGCACCUGCAAAAUAUAUACAUAUAUAUAAAACUUACUGCCAAUUGAA